GACUUCUUCUAGUCGGCCAUCGCCCUGCGCUACAAACACACCACCAAACGCGACAACAAAAAACACCCAAUUAAAAAAACAAACUGUCACUGUCAAAAUCCGCGCCAAUUUUUUUGACUCGAUCGCGUGAUCGCCCCGCCAAAUUUUUUCGCAACUUUUUUACGCAAGUUUUGUGCCAGUGCCGUGAGAAUAUAGUGCCUAAAGUGUCUAACACUAACACCUUUGUUAAUUGAACGCGAUGAGGUGAUUCAUACUGCCCCAGUUGUUAUCUCAAUUUGCAGCAACGUUUCAUAAUUGCGCCUCGCGUAGAAUGUUGGAGAGACUGCGAAAUGGAAUGAAUUUCUUGUUGUAACGAUAAGCAAAAGUUAGCCAAGGCUUUCACCGGAUGAAUCGGUUAUAACAAUAGAUUGCAAAAAGGAAAUUAUUAUCAGCCGGCUAUCAGAUGCAAAUUUUAUCGGACCACUUAUCUAUUCCCCUCUAGGGAGAGCGAGAGGUUGGAUAUAGUCGUCUCGGCUGGCACACUAACCCGGCGGAGCGGAAUAACAGAGUUUUCUUGCUGUUGCCACCUAUCUAUCAGCUGAUUUAGUCAUCGAGUAAGAUAGUGGUAGAGAAAAACGCAUGGGUACUAAACACGUCACUGUGGAAUGAAACGUUGAGUCAGAGGAGGUCGGCGCAUGCGCGGUGCGGACGCCAGCGAUUACUUUUUUUGAGGAAGCAAUUUUCUAAAUUCAAAACCCCGCGCGUCUGUGCAUAAAACGAAUCGAACGACUUUUUUCGAAGUGUUUUUUUACGUAGAUCCCUUUUGUGAUAUUGAGUGGUUUUAUUGGUGUUUUUUACUGAAAUGUUGUGAUCUAUUCGCUGAUAAUGGAAAGAAGUGUGCUGGCGGACACCAGGCACGUUCACUGGAGUUCUGAACUGCACUCGGAGUACCGCAGCACAUACAGAUGGCACGAGUACAAGGAGCAGCAGCAAGGCGUGAUGAAGCAGCCGGCGCCCACGCCGCCCAACGUGCUGCCUCUCACCAGGGGUCCCAUGGAGCCGGCGAUGCCCCGGCGCAAGAAGUACCCCGGCGUGGCGUACAAGACCAACGAGCUGUUCGACCCGGCGCCCGCCGACGACAUCCGCCCGCAGCAGACCUCCGCCUUCGAUAGAGCCAGGAGCGCUCAAAGGAACGAUGCUGACAGGGCAGGCCGGCGCAGCAAGUCUGAAGGUCCUCGCCAACCGCGGUGGACGGACACCGUCGAACCAAAGGGCUCCACAGCCCUCGGCGACGUGGUGGCAGCGAAGGAGCCAGAGGUGGUGAGCACGGAGUACAGCCAGCAGUUCGCCUGGCCCAAGGACACCACGGAUUCUGCCCCUCGGAAGAGCAUCUCCAUGGGAGCGCUGAAGAAGGCCGCCGUGGCUGAAGGGUCGGUAGAAGCCGAACCUCUCAUGAACCAUGUGGACGACCACGAUGACCACAAGAGGUACAUCGAAGACUACCUAUGGAACGGCCAGAAGCCAGGAGUGCAGAGAAAAUCGACGUUCCGUAGCGCGCUAUCGGCCCUCAUAUCCAACGGGGAGGAUCGUUCCAAAGAUAAUAGGAAACGUUACAAAAGCGAGUACAAAAAGAAAUUUAGACCGUUCUCUCAGUACGUGUAUGAGGCGUCUAAAGGGACAUUUACGAAAUGCAGGGGGAAAGGAAAGACGAAUGAGGAGGCGAGCGAGAGGAUGCUGGGGGAGAAGCAAGUGGCGGGGGGGUCGGGGGAGGGCGCGGGGGCGGGGGCGGGGGCGGCGGGGCCCGCGGGGGCGGCGGGGCCCGCGGGGGAGGACAGCGCCAGCACGCUGCGCGCCGCCGGCCUGCAGCCGCUGGGGCUCGCGCAGGGCGACUCCUGGUACCGCGAAGUCCUGGACCUGCGCAAGCGCGCCGGCGAAUACAAGUACCGCGGCUGGGGAACCGAACUAGCUCCUGAACACAUCACACAGCUUUACAAUAAGCAAAUCGAGCUCUGGUACCAAGUGUCGCGCCGGUCCUCGCUGUCAGCCCUAUCACUUGCUUCCACCAAUCACAAGGCAUUGCCUCGAGACGAAAAAGAUGGCAAGGAGUCCAAGGGUACUUCCCCGAAGAAGUUCCGCUCGUUCCGCUCAGCGCCGCACCAGUCUAUCCACGCCAAGCUGCAAGAGACGAAGGCGCUGGAGCGGUCCCCUCAUAAAACCUCGCCUCAGAAGCAGAGGAAGAAGCUGCAGGGGCAUAGCUUCGACGAAGGAGCUGCUCAAGACGGCGCCAAAUCGGGCGAGAACCUAUCGUUUCGGUCGCCGCGCCGCCGCCCGCGCUCCGCCGACCCUGCGCCCGCGCACGGCUCGCCGCACGCCAAGCAUCUGCCCAACGGCCACGAACCUUCGCCAAGGCCCGCCAAGCCUACCGGUUUGCCGUUGAGUAGAGGGGCUAGUAAUAGAGUUAGGUCUACAUCCCGCGGGGGGCGGUCCCCCUCCGCGCCGAGCAAAGUGGCCCCCCUUACUAACGGGGUGGUGGCCCCUGGGGCCCUGGGGGCCACCGGGGCGCCGGGCAGGGGCCGCCGCAGCCGCAGCGUCUCGAAAGUGGGAAUAAAGUUGGAUGACGAGAUCCCGUCUCACCGGAGCGCGUCCGUGGCCAAAGACCACUUCUUCGACGACUCCCCUGUCGUGAAAUCGCCUCCCGAACCCACCAGGGUGAAGUCCCCGGAGCAGAUGAAUAUGCGGUCCCCUGAUCCCGUCAACUGGACCGUUCCCCUGGACACGGGGAAAACCUUCACAGUGACGCAAAACGUCAAGAGCGAUGAAAGCGUUAAGCGCCCUAGCUCUGAGUUUAAGGGUGGGUCCAUAGCCGAGGAGGGCGCCACCGUGAAGCCGGCCGCCCCGGCAGAAAUCGCGCCAAUCCACCACCAACAAAUGUCUCCGAUUCGCUCUUUGAAAAAGAGCGAGUCCCCGACCAGCCUGAGCAAGCGCACGGACAAGACUCCCACCACGCCCAUCAGCCUCACUCCCAUCGACGAGACCAAGGCUUUGGACAUGAACAACGUUAACGGACUCAAUGGCCUCAACGGGAUCAACGGCACCAACGGAAUUAACGGCAGCAACCAAAUCACACCUGAAACGCCAACCCAAGAGCCGUUGAAGGAAAAAGAAGUCAUCAAAAAGUCGACUGAAGCGACCCAAGUCGCACCGGGAGUGGUCGACACGACUGUGGUGAACGAGUCCACCGGUGGGCUGACGGCCUCCGAGGUGCUGGACCGCGCUCGCACGAGAUUCGACAAGUUCUGGGGCAAAAAGGAAGAAGACAACGUUUAGUCCAACCAAGUUUCACGCUUUUCACUGUAACCUGUGAUUUUGAGAUUUUUGUUAACUUCCAAAAUGAUUCUCCACCAUUGAAAUCAAAUUCUAAUUCACAUUAAUAUUUUCGCAUUCAAAAUCACAAUUACAGUGCGAAAGACGAAACUUAUUAAAGAAAAGUAGGAAAAUUAAAAGCGCGGUGUUUAACUGACAAAAAUAAGAAAAAAGCUUCGCUUUAUAACGACGACUGUAAUGUGUAUUUAUUAAUUUAUUAGGUAUUUUAUUAAUACGAUCACUAUCUAUUUAAUAGGAGUGUGGUGGCUUGUGAUAGUAGUAUGAUGAUUGGUGAAUAGGAAAAAUAAAAAGGAUCCAUUAAUAACCUCUGAAUGGUACAGAAGUAGAUUCCUCUCUUCGAUUGUCCUUGGAUCCUAAAGUUCUCUUGUUAAUUUAACUACUUAUCUUAAUGUAAUUUCUAUUAACUGGAACUUAUUAUCAUCUUAGCUACUCAUCUGCUAUUUAAAACAGGACUGACACGAAAAUCAACAGAAAAUGAAUGAUGCAAAGACUGGAAUGUAGUAGUCAUUAGAUUUAUCUACAAUAAUUCAAGGAAAUAAAUUUUAGCUUGAAAUUAACUAAAAAAAGUAUUUGAAAAGAAUUAUUGAAUUUCGUGAUAGAUCUGUAAAAAUAAAUUUUAAAUUGAAAUACACAAUUUACAUUCUAUGGCCACGUGACAUUUGCGUUCAAAACAUGACGUAAAUUAUUUUGGAUGGUAUUAGAUUAAUAACAAAAAUAAAUGAAAUAUAAAACUACUCCCUUAAUAAAAAUACUUAGCAACUGAUAAAACCUACAAGGGCAAUUGUAUACACACAACUAAACCGUCCAACGUAGUAUUUUUUGGCAAGUCAUGUUUUCUUGGCUAUUUAUUCCAAAGUGUAGAUUGUAUUUCUGAACGUACAUUUUUGAUAUUAACCAA